CUCACUUAUCUGCAUACAUGGAUCAUUUGAUUCAUUUCCUCAUUGCCCUCAUACUUCUAGUUUUGUUUUUCGUUGCCGACUACUUUCGUCGUAAGUACUAUAACCUCCCGCCAACAAUCUUCCCAUGCUUGCCCGUUAUCGGCCACCUCUACCUCUUGAAGCAACCCCUUUACAGAUCCCUUUUCGAAAUCGCCGCCAAACACGGUCCGAUCCUCUAUCUCCGCUUCGGAACCCACCGCAUACUCUUGAUCUCCUCGCCUUCGCUCACCGAAGAAUGCUUAAUCAAGAACGACAUUAUCUUCGCCAACCGCCCACGUUGGCUCUACGGCAAAAUUCUCGCCUCGAACUACACCAACCUCAGUUGGGCGCAAUACGGCACUCAUUGGCGUAAUCUUCGCCGGAUCUCCACCAUCGAGAUAUUCUCGACUACCCGUAUGAACGAGUUUCAAGAGGUACGUGUGGAAGAAGGAACACACCUUGUACGUAAGUUGGUCUCUGAAUCUUCAUCACCGGUGUACUUAAGGCCCAUAUUUCAUCAUAUCACGUUUAAUAUUUUAAUAAGGUUGAUCUCCGGUGAGAGGUAUUUUGGACGUGAGUUAGAGGAGAAAAGAGAACAGUUUCAUGAAAUAGUAAAAGAAAUGUUCAAGGUGGGUGAUCUUUUGAAUAUGGAGGAUCACUUACCUAUUUUGAGGUGGUUAGGUAUGAAUGGGUUAGAGAGGAAGAUGACUAAGUUGCAAGAAAAGAGGAACGCAUACUUUCAGGCGUUGAUUGAUGAGCUUAGGAAAGUGAAGGAUGAAGAAGAUGAGAACAAAAAGAAAAACACCAUGAUUGCAGUGCUCUUCCGCCUACAAAAAUCCGAUCCCGACUACUACAACGAUAAACUCAUUAAGAUCUUUCUGCUGAACUUGUUAGCAGCUGGUACUGAUGGACCUGUUUCGACUAUGGAAUGGGCGUUUUCACUUUUGCUAAACCAUCCAGAUGUUUUGGAAAAGGCACAAAACGAAAUUGAUAAAGUUGUGGGUAAAGAGCGUCUUGUUAAUGAAUCAGACAUUGCGAACCUACCUUACCUUCGUUGUGUCGUGAGUGAGACGUUGAGGUUGUACCCUCCAACUCCGCUACUAUUACCUCACCAGUCUACAGAAGAUUGUGUGGUCGGAGGCUAUCACGUCCCACGUGGGACGGUACUACUUGUAAAUCAAUGGGGUAUACAACAUGACCCCAAAGUGUGGAGUGACCCUGAACGGUUUGACCCAGAAAGGUUUGUAGGGUUUGAAGCCUCGAAAGAUCGGUUUAGACUCAUGGCUUUUGGGGCUGGAAGGAGGGCUUGUCCAGGAGAAUUGUUAGCUAUGCGUAUGAUUUGGUUGACUAUGGGAUUGCUUAUACAAUGUUUUGAUUGGGAAAGGACUACCGAAGAGCUGAUUGAUUUGAAUGAAGGUCUUGGGCUUACCAUGCCUAAGGCUCAGCCUUUGGUGGCCAAGUGUACACCACGUUCCAUGACUCAGAGUCUAGUGUCUUAAUGGCCUAGGCUCAACUUUGGUUCAUGACUCAGAGUUGAGUGUCUUAAUGGUUUAGGCUCAACUUUGGGUUCGUGAUAUUCAGGCAAGUCAUCAAUCCUUGGCUAAUAUAAAUAAGUAAACCACCUUUGUGUGGUGAUGUUGCUACAUGAAUUUAGAAGGUUGCCUUAUGUGUAAAC